AUGGCCAAUGCGAUCCCCCCACCCAAUUUAUACGACAAAGUUGCUCUUAAAUACCCUAUACACAGAACCUUCGAUGUUACUAUCUUCGUCCUUCUCAUAUCUCUCCUCAUCUAUCGUCUUCUCUAUCUCAGCAACCAUGGAUUUGCUUGGCUUCUUGCUCUCCUAUGCGAGUCAUGCUUUACCUUCAUCUGGGUUCUCACUCUCAGUACCAAAUGGAAUCCAGUGGAAUACAAAACAUACCCAGAACACCUUUCACAAAAGGCACAAGAGCUUCCUCCUGUGGAUAUAUUUGUUACAACAGCAGACCCGGUACUGGAACCGCCAAUACUCACUGCAAACACAGUCAUAUCCUUAUUGGCAGUUGACUAUCCAGUCGAUAAACUAGCUUGCUAUGUAUCCGAUGAUGGUUGCUCCUCUAUCACCUACUAUUCUCUUGUUGAAGCAUCCAAGUUUGCUAAGCUUUGGGUUCCAUUUUGCAAGAAGUAUAAUAUUCAAUCUAGAGCUCCUUUUAGAUACUUUUCUAGUGAGCUCAGUUUAAUCAGCAAUUGUAAUUCCUUGGAAUUCCAGCAAGAAUACAACAUGAUGAAGGAUGAGUACGAAGAGCUUGCCUCCAAAAUUGAAUCGGUUGCCAACGAAAAAUCCACCGAGUGGGAUCUAAGCGGUGAUUUUGCCGCCUUCUCGAAUAUAGAGCGCAAAAACCAUCCCGCUAUAAUCAAGGUUAUAUGGGAGAAUAAGGCUGGCCUUUCAGAUGUGUUGCCGCAUUUGGUUUACAUUUCAAGAGAGAAGAGGUCAAAGCACCCACAUCACUAUAAAGCAGGUGCCAUGAACGUCCUAACUAGAGUCUCUGGAUUGAUAUCAAAUGCUCCAUUCAUGUUAAACGUAGACUGCGAUAUGUUUGUCAACAAUCCAGAGACUCUUCGCCAUGCAAUGUGUCUCUUGCUUGAUUCUAAGAACGAAAGGGAAAGUGGGUUCGUCCAAUUUCCCCAAUACUUCUAUGAUGGACUAAAGGAUGAUCCAUUUGGAAACCAGUUCGUAAUUUUGCACAAAUACAUAGGGAGUGGAAUAAAUGGAGUUCAAGGACCAUUUUAUGGAGGAACAGGAUGUUUUCACAGGAGAAAAGUCAUAUAUGGUUCAUGUCCCGAUGACAUAGGAGAUCAAGCAAGAAGUCUCACUCCACUUUAUGGUGAUUUAACGGACAGGGGGCAACCAAAAAUAUUUGGCAAUUCAAAAGAUUUUAUCAGAUCAGCUGCUUAUGCAUUACAAGGGAAGGCAAAUAUUGGUCCUAAAGAUCUUCCAAACUUAAUCGAGGCAGCACAUCAAGUUGCCGGCUAUGGCUACGAGCAUGGUACUAGCUGGGGCACAGAGGUGGGUUGGCAAUAUGGAUCGGCAACAGAAGAUGUCCUCACUGGAUUAAUGAUCCAUGCAAGGGGUUGGAGGUCCGUUCUUUGCACCCCAGAUCCUCAUGCCUUCUUGGGAUGUGCUCCAUCGGGGGGACCGAUCUCGAUGACCCAACAAAAGAGGUGGGCGACAGGUUUGCUUGAAAUAUUGUUCGGCAGGAAAAGCCCUAUCAUUACCACCAUUACUGCCAAACUCCAGUUUAGACAGUGUUUGGCGUAUCUCUGGAUCCUUAUUUGGGGGUUGCGCUCCAUUCCUGAGCUUUGCUACGGAGUGUUGCCAGCUUAUUGUAUCGUCACCAACUCGAGUUUCCUGCCCAAGGUCAAUGAGCCAGCCAUAUCCAUUCAUGUGGCCCUUCUCCUGAGCUAUGUCAUUAACACUCUAUUAGAGUACCUUGAAACUGGCUUGUCAAUCCGUGCGUGGUGGAAUAACCAAAGGAUGGCAAGAAUAAAUACAAUGAAUGCAUGGUUAUUUGGAUUUAUAAGUGUAUUCUUGAAGAUUUUAGGAAUAUCAGAGACAGUUUUUGAAGUUACACAAAAAUACCAAUCUUCAAAUGAUGGUGGCGAUGAAGGCAGGUUUACCUUCGAUGCUUCACCAAUUUUUGUGCCUGGGACAACCGUUCUACUGCUGCAAUUAUGGGCAUUGGUCGUGGGCUUCCGAGACAUGCCACCAUCAGUUAACAAUGGCUCAGGGUUGGGAGAGAUAUUGUGUAGCAUAUUGGUGGUAACAUGCUUAUGGCCAUUUAUGAAAGGGCUGCUUGCAAAAGGAAAAUAUGGGAUUCCUCUGUCCACAAUAUGCAAGUCUGCUCUUUUGGCAUUAUCUUUUGUGCACUUGGUCAGGAGGACAUCGAAGGGCCAAAACUAA